UUUAUUGCUGAUAUCGUGAAUAAGGUGGUUACUUUCGAUAUUGUGGAUAAGGUGCUUACUGGGGUUACUGUGGAUACUGAAAAUACUGUGGAUAAAGUUUACUUGUUGAAAACCGAACUGUGAUUAUUUAUUUUAAUUUGGUGAAAUAUAAAUCCUGAAAUAUGUUAUUAUUGUAAACCGAAUACAAUAUAUGAACAGUUGUGUUUUGUUAACCUUCACAAUAGGCCUAUAAGAUGAACAGCUGAUCUUAGCUUGUCGUCACCAUGACAACAGCGGCAGUAAACCAUCCAAAUUUGACCCACCUUGUCGAUCCUGACGAAGAUGACAUCACAGAAACUUUACAGGAACGUUUUAAACAACGCUGUUUUUACACAUAUUUUGGAGAUGGUAUCAUUUCAGUGAAUCCACAAAGCAACAUAAAUUUACCAGAAAACUUGCCAAAGAAUGGACUAAGAUACUGUGCUAAAAAACCACUUGAUAACGCACCUCCCCAUGUCUACGCCCUUGCUCAUAGAGUGUACAAAGAUGUGUUGGCGUCAGAUGAGUCUUUUAGACAUGCACACACUGUCAUCAUAUCAGGGGCAUCAGGAUCUGGUAAGACAGAAACUUCCGAGAUACUACUGGCUCAGUUUUUUCGUGAAACCGGCACUUCAUACAAAGAUGAUGUCUGUGUUGUUUUAACAAAAGGUUUGUUUGCUCUGAAGAGUGUAACAUCCUUCAAAACUCCAGUGAGCCCAGCCUCUAGCACGUGUGUGUUUGUUGUUUCACUGUUUGUUGUGGACGAUGGUACCUUAAGAUCAGCUGCUGUCAAGUCCCAUCUUCUAGCACCAAGAUACACAAUACACCACAAUGAUGAGCCUGGGUUUCUCAAUAUCUUUUAUGACAUUGUGGCCUGUCUAUACAAAGGUGGUCUAGGACUAACAUUAGAUGUACACCCUGAGAGAAUUUUAAAUUUGCUUGAUCCUUCACUAAAAAAUAUGAGCAGAGAACUUCUUAACCAACACUAUAGCAACUGGUCACACUUGGUAGAAGUGGUGACAUAUCUUGGCAUUGGGGAAAACAUAAUUAUUGGAAGAGGUGGAUCCACAUCCAACAGUUUCCUAGAUUCACUUCUAGCUCUGCUGCUUCUGGCAAAUUUACGAUUUACAGUCAAUGCUCAGACGAAAAAAGUGGCAAUUGAAAAUUAUGAGCUUAUCACGUUUGCUGCAAAAUUAUUGGGUGUGUCAGAACAUGCUUUGUUUAAUUCCUUGACUAAAGCUUCAGAAAAUGAUGUCCCACCUGUUGGAAAUUUAGUACUGGCCAGGGAUCAAGUUGUUCAUGAGCUGUACUUUAGAACUGUUCAGUGGCUGGAGACAAAGAUAAACAAAUGGCUGCCUGAUGAGCCUCGCCAGUGUGUACCAAUCCUCAUAGCAGAGAUGCCUGCUUUUAAUGAACAGCCACUUGUUUCACGAGUCACAGUCUUGUGUCAAAACAUGAUGGCAGAGAAAGUUCAAGUUUUUAUAAAAGCCAUCAGCAUCAACAGAGAGACAGCCAUGUGCAGCAGAGAGGGUCUUAAGUCCAUGGAUCUAAAGAGACAGGCUUGUGAAGACUUAGACGAUUUAGCCUUUGGUGGUUCUGAAGUGCCCACUGGUUUGUUGAUGCACAUAGAGUCAUUUUCCUACAGCCCACCUUCAAAGAAGAAAACCAUUAUAAAAACUUUGGACAAAGAAUUCAAGAAGAUGAAAAAUAUUUACAUUCAAUCCAAAAUUGCAGGGAAACAACAUUUUGCCAUAGUGCAUUCCCAUCAACAGGUUACCUACAGUGUAAAUGACCACUUUAAAUAUGACAAUCGCAUCAUCCCUAAUCGUGAUGUGCAGAGAUUGCUCGCUGCUUCGAUGAAUCCAACUGUAAAAGACAUUUACCAGCCCUCUGUGAUGGAAUUCUCAGACCCUAAUGCUCCUACCAACUUAUCUUAUAUAUCAUAUAUAAAGGUCAAGUUAAAACAAUUCACAGACUAUUUGUCCUCAUGUGUACCCAGCUUUAUCAGGUGUAUCAAGCCUAGUCUCCAUGGUCAAGAAUUUGAUCCUGCCUAUGUUAAGUCACAAGUAAAAUCUUCAUAUUUGGUGGAUUUGGUGCGCCAUAAAAAGUUUGGUUACUCCAACUGGUUACCUAUACCUAACUUUGUCAACAGAUAUGGCAGACUUCUAAGCAACAUCUUAACAGAUGUUCCUCAAGAUGAAAAUACAUGUAAAUCUAUUUUGGCCAAGUGUGGCAUUCUAGAUAAAGGACCUGCUGUAACUAUAAAUUUUGUGUUUCUGAUGUACUGGCAUAAAGAAAAACUUGACACCCAGAUUGACAAAUAUCUAUGGAAGAUAACUCUAACACAAGCUUGUGUCAGGGGUUACUUGACCAGAAAUAAACUCCGUGAUGUGGUAACUUACAAACUUGCGAUGCGGGACUGGGCUCCGAAUUAUAAGGGUAGCCCAAGGAGCCUGUUUGCCAAACCAGAGUUACAGAAAGACUAUAGAGAUCCUGAAAAAGAAGAGCUCUAUGAGCAUAUUAUCAACAAAACCUUACAGAGAAUUCUGCAGCUACCCUCCUCAGUGUGGGCCAAAGUUCUGUACAUGGAACAAGGGAAGAAAGUCACCAAAUUUUAUGCUGAGGAGAAAUCUCUUUUAGUCUCUGGCUCCAGUGAACCCUUUGAUGGCCUUGAACUUGGACUUGGCUAUUGCUUCAAUGCUGAGAGGAUAAAUGAAACUCAAUACAUUAUAAAUAAUCUCCAAAGAGGCAUAGAACUACAGCAUGACUCAAGUGGUAAUAUCCUGGUCAAGAAGUUGUGCCACAUGCCCGUUGCUGUUAGACAGCAACAGUAUGAGGCUGUUCUAUCCGCUGAUGUGCUUUUAGCAAGAGGGCAGGUUCCAAUGAACAAGUUCAUCAAGGUUUUUGACAUCAAUGAAUUCAAAAGCUUGAUCAUCCUUGAGAUGAGGAAAAGAACAUUUUCUGUGGAGAAAUUACGACACAGGUGUAUCACAUCCAUUGGUUUUUACAAGACUGAUGUCCCUUUGCUAAAGAUGCCAUGUUGGAUUGCAGUUGUGAACCUUGUGGCUCUUAAACUAUUGGAUAACUUUAAAGAGUUGCAAGAUUUGCAGCUGGUGGCAUCACAGCUAGCCUUAUCAAAAGAUGAAAACACAGAAAAAGAGAAACUGUUACAACUACAGGCCAAACAAAGGACUGAGCGUCAAAGUUGGUCCAAAACUGACCAGCGGCAGCAUUUUAAACUGAAGGAACAAAAUGAAAGGAAAAUUAGAGAAGAGCUCAGGAAACGAGGGGAGAGAAUUUCUGAUCACAUGAGAUACAGCUGGGAGGAAAAAGCUAACAAGGUUGGCAUAAAUAUGGACCAGUUGUAUGAGAAGAUUAAAAGAUCUAAUUCAAGGACAAGUUCACCAGGAGACACAGAAACAAGACAGUGGGCAAAAGUGGAUGUAGCUUUAAGACAGGCCACAAGAGAACUGAUGAUGGCAGAAGAUGGACCUAAUGAAAAAGCUGAUUAAAAUCUUUUACUCAGGCCACAAGAGAACUGAUGAUGGCAGAAGAUGGACCUAAUGAAAAAGCUGAUUAAAAUGUUUUGCUAUCUCAUGAUAUAGAGUCUAGUGCAAAUUAUAGAAGUUAUCUUUCCUCCAAAAUUAUCUGUUUUAGACUUGGGCUUAAGGAUAUUUAUUUUUGUUUGUACACUUUUUAAUCUAGUGUAAUCAGAAAUUUUUGAUGAAAUCAGAGGAUUGCAAUUAAAGCUAAUAGAUUUGGAGGCUACAGGCCAUGUGUGACCACAUGAUUAAAUAAUGACUUUCAUUGAAACAUAUAAACCUAAAUGGGAAUUUCAAUACUUAGGGAUUGAAAGUGGGUUUUAUCAAUGGCUUAAUACUGAUAAUUUAUUAUUGUAAUUGUGCAUUUAUAAAGGUGAAGAUGAUUAAUUUUAAAAUUGUGUUCAGUAAAUAAUAAAAAAAUGUAUGUAUUUUUUGUCAAAAUUUUUAAUAUGUUUUAAUAUCUCAAAAUUACGAUGAUAUUUAAUUAUUUACAUUUACUAUAUAAUUAACUAUGUAAAUUUAUGUAAAGUUUAAUUAGUUAAUUAGAUGAAAUGGAUCUGUUGGAAAACCAAAUUUUUAUUGCCAUUGAAGAAAUUUUUUUUGUCAAUCCCUCAGUUUAAAAGGACCAUGUAUAUAUCAAAUGGGAUGUUUACAAUAAAAAUUAUCAAGACUAUAAAAGCAAUAUUUUUCAAAUCACAAACUUUAGCUGUUGUAUGUCUAACUUUUCUUUACAUUUCAAACAAGCCUUGUUGGAUAUGGGAUAGUCUGGUCAGAUGAUAG